GUUUAAAUCUUCAACCAACACAACCAAUGCACAUCUGGCCCAUUUAAGAACAACUUGUAGAGAAGUUUCAAGCAUAUAGCAAAAGUCAUUAAUAAUCGAAAAGCUUCUCUUGCUAAAAUAAGAGUAAAACGACGAUGGCGCCUGUCAGGGUAGGAUUACUGAUACUUUUGGCAAUGAUAAUGCCAAUGUUCUCAACAGCAGUGGAUAUUCAUCAGAUAAGAAAGUUGGCAGCAAAAAACAAUAUCACAUGUGUCUUAGUUUUUGGAGAUUCAAGUGUUGAUCCUGGAAAUAACAACCGUCUCGCCACCACUAUGAAAGGCAAUUUCCUUCCUUAUGGAAAAGAUUUCUUUAAUAAUCGCCCUACCGGAAGGUUCACCAAUGGAAGACUCGCCACAGACUUCAUAGCUGAGGCAAUCGGUUAUACAAGAGCAAUUCCCGCCUUUCUUGACGCUAAUAUAAAACCAACAGAUUUGUUACAUGGCGUUAGUUUUGCUUCUGCUGCUUCUGGUUAUGACGACCUAACUGCAAAUCUCUCAAAUGUGUUGCCAGUUUCAAAGCAGCUAGAGUAUUUUAAACACUACAAGCUUCAUCUGAGUCAGUUGGUAGGCAAGAAUAAGGCAGAAUAUAUCAUAAGAAAUGCUGUGUUCGUUAUGAGUAUGGGUUCGAAUGACUUCAUUCAAAAUUACUACUUGGAACCAACUCGCCCCGAGCAAUACACUGUUGAAGAAUACCAAAAUUUCUUGGUAGCUCGCUUGGUUGAUGACUUCAAGGAAAUGCAUGAACUUGGAGCCAGAAGACUGAUUGUUGUUGGAGUUCCUCCUUUGGGGUGCAUGCCACUUGUCAAGACAAUAAUGGAUAAGAAAAUAUGUGUGGAAAGUUAUAACCAAGUUGCCUUGUCAUUCAAUUCUAAGAUAGAACAGGAGCUACUCAUCCUCAGAAAAACUUUAGGGAUUAAAGAUGCAUAUGUUGAUUGCUAUAAUGUCCUAAAACAUGCUGUGGAUAACCCCAGACAAUAUGGUCUAGUUGAAACAUCAAAGGGUUGUUGUGGAUCAGGAACUAUAGAGUAUGGUGAUUCAUGUCGAGGCUUGAGCACAUGCACUGAUGCAUCAGAAUAUGCAUUUUGGGAUGCUGUUCAUCCAACAGAAAAAAUGUAUCAAAUUCUUGCCACUGAAGCUUUGAAAUCUCUUAACGAAGCAUUACUGAGAUAAUUAAGUACCUAUGUUCCUAAUUAUCCGUUAAUUCAUUAUAUAUACACACAUGUAUUCUUGUGAUAUAUGGAAAUAUCUUUUAAUAUUUGUAUGGCAAA